AUGAACGCGCAGCUGGACGGCCUGUCGGUGAGCUCGUCCUCCACCGGCUCGCUGGGCUCGGCGGCCGGGGCGGGCGGCGGCGGCGGCGGCGGCGGCGGCGGGGGCGCGGGGCUGCGGCUGCUGUCUGCCAACGUGCGCCAGCUGCACCAGGCGCUGACGGCGCUGCUGAGCGAGGCGGAGCGGGAGCAGUUCACGCACUGCCUGAACGCGUACCACGCGCGCCGCAACGUCUUCGACCUGGUGCGCACCCUGCGCGUGCUGCUGGACAGCCCGGUCAAGCGGCGCCUGCUGCCCAUGCUGCGCCUGGUCAUCCCGCGCUCCGACCAGCUGCUGUUCGACCAGUACACGGCCGAGGGCCUCUACCUGCCCGCCACCACCCCCUACCGGCAGCCCGCCUGGGGCGGCCCCGACGGCGCGGGGCCCGGGGAGGUGCGCCUGGUGAGCCUGCGGCGCGCCAAGGCGCACGAGGGCUUGGGCUUCAGCAUCCGCGGCGGCUCGGAACACGGCGUGGGCAUCUACGUGUCGCUGGUGGAGCCGGGCUCGCUGGCCGAGAAGGAAGGGCUGCGGGUCGGGGACCAGAUUCUACGCGUCAACGACAAAAACCUGUCCCGCGUCACCCACGCGGAGGCAGUCAAGGCGCUGAAGGGCUCCAAGAAGCUGGUGCUGUCGGUGUACUCAGCGGGGCGCAUCCCCGGGGGCUGCAUCACCAACCACAUCUACACCUGGGUGGACCCCCAGGGCCGCAGCAUCUCCCCACCAGCCGGCCCGCCCCAGCCCCACGGCAGCGCUCUGAGGCAGCCCGACGGUGAGCGCAGGAGUGCCCUGAACCUCCUGCAGGGCGGGGAUGAGAAGAAGGUGAACCUGCUGCUGGGUGAUGGCCGCUCCCUGGGCCUCACCAUCCGAGGGGGAGCUGAGUACGGCCUCGGUAUCUACAUCACCGGCGUGGACCCAGGCUCUGAAGCGGAAGGCAGUGGGCUCAAGGUCGGGGACCAGAUUCUGGAGGUGAACGGGCGGAGCUUUCUCAACAUCCUGCACGACGAGGCCGUGAAGCUGCUCAAGUGCUCGCGGCACCUCAUCCUGACCGUGAAGGACGUGGGGAGGCUGCCGCACGCCCGCACCACCGUGGACGAGACCAAGUGGAUCGCCAGUUCCCGCAUCACGGAGAUCACCGCGAACUCUGCAGGGUUUUCUGGGGACCUCACAGCAGAGGGGACACACAAGCUGGGAUUUUACAGGGGCCCGGCGGGCUCGCAGGUGACCCUGAACAGCCUGGGAAACCAGGUGCGUGUGCUGCUGGAGGAGCAGGCUCGGCACCUGCUGACCGAGCAGGAGCGCGCCACCCUGGCCUACUACCUGCACGAGUACCGCGGGGGCAGCGUCUCCGUGGACGCCCUCACCAUGGCCCUGUUCGAGCUCCUCAACACCCACGCCAAGUUCUCGCUCCUGUCGGAGGUGAGAGGCGUCAUCUCCCCGCAAGACCUGGAGCGCUUUGACCACCUGGUGCUGCGACAUGAGAUCGAGUCCAUGAAGGCGCGGCAGCCCUCGGGCCCUGGGGCCGGGGACACCUACUCCAUGGUCUCCUACAGCGACACAGGCUCCUCCACAGGCAGCCACGGCACCUCCACCACCGUCAGCUCGGCCAGGAACACUCUGGACCUCGAGGAAACUGGCGAGGCCAUCCCGGGCAAUGUCAACGCCCUCCCAGAUGUGUCCGUGGAUGAUGUAAAACCCACCUGCGAGGGGCUGCCCAGCUGCAAGCCGCCGCCUCCCCCCCCCACUCUGGCCCAAGGCCGCCCCCUGGGCCAGCUGAGGAAGCUGGGGCGAGAGGACCCCCCGGCACCCUCCUCCGCGUCUUCGCACUCGGGUGUCGUCUUCUCGGCUCCGAGGACCUGUAGCCCACCGGCGGGCACCGCUGCCACCCCGGGCUCCUCCUCUGCACGGGACUCGCCCUCCUCCCCCAUCUACGCCUCCGUCUCCCCUGCCAACCCUGGCUCCAAGAGGCCCCUGGACGCCCAUCUCGCCCUGGUCAGCCAGCACCCCAUCGGCCCCUUCCCUCGGGUCCACUCACCCCCCCACCUGAAAAGCCCCCAGGCUGAGGCCCCAGGGGCUGGGGGCUGCCUCCCACCACCCUCGCCCUCCAGCCCCCCAGACCCUGCGGGCACCAGCCAGCACUUCGUCAUGGUGGAGGUGCACCGCCCGGACAGUGAGCCCGACGUGAACGAAGUGCGGGCGCUGCCCCAGACACGCACAGCCUCCACGCUGUCACAGCUCUCAGACAGCGGGCAGACCCUGAGCGAGGACAGUGGGGUGGAUGCUGGUGAGGCCGAGGCCAGCGCCCCAGGCCGGGGCAGACAGACGGCGUCCACCAAGAGCAGGAGUAGCAAGGAGCUGCCUCGGAACGAGCGGACCACAGAGGUGGCUAGCAAACCACCUGGACUCCUGGAGCCCACAUCCACCCUGGUUCGCAUGAAGAAGAGCGCGGCCACCCUGGGCAUCGCCAUUGAGGGCGGCGCCAACACGCGCCAGCCCCUGCCUAGGAUUGUCACGAUUCAGAGAGGUGGCUCGGCCCACAACUGCGGGCAGCUCAAGGUGGGCCAUGUGAUCCUGGAAGUGAACGGGGUGCCGCUGCGUGGCAAGGAGCACCGGGAGGCCGCCCGCAUCAUAGCCGAGGCCUUUAAGACCAAGGACCGGGACUGCAUCGAUUUCCUGGUCACCGAGUUCAACGUGAUGCUCUAGGGACUCCACUGCCCAGCCCAUCAGCAGGCUCCUGGAGGGCUCGGGGGCGGCGUGGCCAGGGGAGCAAGAAGACGGCCCCCUCCACCCCGGCCUGCCUGACCAGAGCCUGGAGGAGGCGGGAGCUGUGUGCUGGGUACCCGUGGGCAUGCGGCCGAAGGGUAGAGCUCCGGUUUCUCCAUGUUGGAUGAGGGCACUGCCGCCCUCCCCCCUUCCCCCCACCGCCAGCCUAGGAGCCAGGCCACGUGGGUGAGGCCCCGCUCUCAGGGGCGUCUUGCAGGACCUUUAGUGCCACAAAUAAGCAUCGUGCACCCCCCUCCCAUCACACCCACCCCUUCUGGCUCCCUCUUCCCCGUGGUAUUUAUUAUUUAUUGCGCCUCUUCGCACCCCUCCCCCCCAGCCUAUCCCAGAGGCUGCCCAGGUAACCAGCAAUGUCAGUGUAUUUAUAUACAGAGCUUAUGACUUUAAUUUUUCAAUAAAGAAAUCUG